AUGUCUACCGCUCGAGUCGACCUAUUCUCUAGCCUUGUCCUUUUACCUACAGCAAAUGCCCUCGGCCAUCUCGCACCAGCAAUCGGCGCAAGCUGGGCGGCCAUUGGGAGGCGGAUCUGGGACUAUCCUGUCCUCAUGUUGCUAUUCUCCGUGCACACGCUUCUGGACAGUUGGUUUCACCGGCUUUCCUUCACACUCGAGCUAGUUGAUGCUGAUACUACAGUAGGUUUCGACAAGUACAUAGACGUUCCCUUGGAGAAAAGGCCACGUGCCUUGCUAAGUUCUUUCUGGGCUGGCACUCUCAUACUUUUGAUCGCGUGGUCAUCCUGCCUCUGCGGCUUCCCUACCGCUAUCCGUAUAGUUUGGUACAUAGCCCUGGAGGUCUUCUGGGCCGUACCUCUGAUACCACUCUACACACCUCGGCAUGGAUUUCGCUUCUCGAAACUGAGACAGCUGUUCGGUCCCCUGAAGUCAGUCUUCUGUGGAGUUAUGGCUGGCCUUAUGGACGCCGAGCCAGCGGCAUAUCAUGCCUGUCUCAUCUACGCAAAUGACUGUAGUCCUGAUCACCAGCGCAUGCAAUCUCUUGCUUACAGUAUACUGUACAACUUCAUCCGCGAGUCGUUCUACGAUGCGAGAGACAUCGAUGAAGAUACCGAGGCUAAUGUCACCACCAUGGCUACAUCCCUGGGCAUGUCCAACACUAUUGCAGUUCUCGUGGCUGUGGCCGUGACAAGCGAGGUAUGGAUCAGCGGUGAAAUAACCCUGGAGACUGGCAUCCGAUCUGUCAGCGUCGUUGGCCUGUCCAGUCUGAUUGCUAUCACUCAGACCAGAGAUAAACGAUGGCCGUUUCGGGACAACUUUGCCGAGCUUCUGAUGCUGGAAGCGACCGGUAACUGGGGAUUGGUUGAUCUUCGGAUCCCACCUGGAAAAUGGAAUUAUUUCGGGGGCAAGGCGGUGGUGACCGCGGACCCUUACCCUGAAGACAUUGACACACAAUCGAUCGCAAACACUGUGAUGAGGCCGGUAGACGCUACAGCGCAUGCUGUUCUUGAUGAGAUCCUAGCAAGUGAAAAUGAGGAGGGACUUAUUCCACUAUACUUUCAAAAAGACAGGCCCCGUGUUUGCGUCGAGGUAUGCGCCAACGCAUGUACAUUUUUCUAUACAUAUGGUCGUGGCCAUGAAGUACGAAAAACAUUCGAAUUUGUGCUGGCAACGUUGAGGAACCGAGACUUUGGGCCCAACCGCUACUAUUUCACCCCUGAGCCGCUCAUGUACUACUGCUGUCGUCUGGCUCAUAGCGCAAACACACCGGAGCUGCUCGAAAUGCGGGAUGUCUUGAGAGGGGCUGUUAAAGACCGCAUUGGGAGCAAGACGACCAUUGGCGACGAAGAAGACAAUGCGGCAUGCCUCGCAAUCCGGCUGCUUAUCUGCCAGCGUCUCGGAACACCAAACCCUGUGGACCUAAAAGCGUUGUUAGAACUGCAAGAAGAGGACGGGAGCUUUGGUAUCGGGUGGUAUUACGGCUUUGGCAUGUCGCAAGCGAAGAUCGGGCAUCGAGGAUUAACUGCUGCAUUAUCUGUAAAGGCGAUAAAAGGGGCUGUGUCACAAAUGUAA